GGAAUUCACCGACAAAAAAACAGAGCAUCCCAAGAAUCUUUAAUAGAUGGCGCUUCAUUAACAAAAGUACCUUUUUACAUUCCCAUCCACACCACUCCCAACACCAACAAAAUCGUCUCGAAUCACCCAAAACAAAUACGAGCUCCCAAUGAACAAAUUCAUUUGCCAGAAACAUUGGAUCUCUAUAUGGAAAUCAGCAAGCCUAUGCACCAGAGAAAAUGGCUGCUGCCCAUGUCCUUCUCUCUCCUCACCUCCUCUCUCCUCAUCAUUCUAACCCUCUUCACCGCAGUCCCCUUUCGCCAUACGCCCCGAAUCAAACCACAAGUUCCCGUCUUUGUUGAAUCCAAGCUGCAAGCAGAGCCUCCGAAUCCCAGUUCAAGAAUCCCUAGGUUGGCCUAUUUGAUCUCUGGCUCGCGUGGGGAUUGUGGGACUUUGAAGAGGACUUUGAGAGCUCUGUAUCAUCCAUUGAACCAGUAUGUUGUGCACUUGGACCUUGAAGCCAAGGCCGAGGAGAGGAUUGAGCUGGUGGAAUACGUCAAGAAUGAAGCUUUGUUUGAGAAAGUUGGGAAUGUGAGGGUUGUGGUCAAGUCUAAUCUGGUCACCUAUAGAGGUCCUACUAUGGUUAGUAAUACCCUUCAUGCUGCAGCAAUCUUGUUGAAGGAAGCUGGAGACUGGGACUGGUUCAUCAAUUUGAGUGCAUCUGAUUACCCUUUGGUCACACAAGAUGAUAUGCUCCAUACUUUAUCAGCUGUGCCAAGGGACCUAAACUUUAUUGAGCAUACUAGUGACAUUGGUUGGAAGGAAUACCAGAGAGCCAAGCCUGUUAUAAUUGAUCCCGGGCUUUAUAGCGUACAAAAGUCCGACCUUUAUUGGAUCACUGAGAAGCGCAAAGUUCCUAAUGCAUUCAAGCUUUUCACAGUGAUCUCAAGAGUUUUUCCAUACUUGGUUGGGCAUGUCCGGGCUCUAUGCUCAAGCUCUCUCUCUCAUGAAGGUUCAGCUUGGAUGAUGCUUUCUCGUUCCUUCAUGGAGUUCUGUUUAUUGGGGUGGGACAACCUGCCCAGAAUCGUACUUAUGUAUUACGCAAACUUUCUUUCAUCACCAGAAGGGUACUUUCACACCGUUAUUUGCAAUGCUGAAGAGUUCCGUAACACUACUGUGAACCAUGACCUCCAUUUCAUAUCAUGGGACAACCCUCCGAAGCAGCACCCACAUUUCUUGACAGUUGAUGACUAUCAGAGAAUGGUUGACAGCAAUACUCCCUUUGCCAGGAAAUUCCAAAGGGAUGAAGCCAUUUUGGAUAAGAUUGAUUCUGACCUCUUAGGCCGUAGCACUGAUGGCUUUGUACCAGGAAGUUGGUACAGUGGAGAGGAGUCAAAUGCAAAUGUUACCGAGCUUAGACCUGGUCCUGGUGCUGAAAGACUCAAAACUCUGAUCGAUGGAUUGAUAUUGGAUAAGGAUUUCCAUGCAAAACACUGCAUCUAGCUUUUGGCAAUUGAUUCCCUACUGAAAAACUUAGUAUUAUGGGACGGGAGCCUGUUUACACAAUAGUAGGAGGAACAUAGUGCGACUUUCUCUAAUAUGCAUCUCGGUACUCUUUACUUGAAGUACCAUGUAGGUUUCAGAGCUUGUAGGUCAAAACUAGAGUUACUUAUAUCUGACCGAAUUGGUCUGUGGAAAAGGCAGUCUAAAGCUGGAUUUUGAAAUAUAUGCAUACAUAUUGAGUUUUUGGUUCAAGAAGCAUGAUUUCAUAUUCUUAGAUCUCUGUUGUAUGCCAUGGUUCUUUCUUUCUAUUCAUGCCUUUUGUCACCAGUUGUCUAAUCUAUGCUCCCAACUCCAACAUCUGGCGUUUGUUGGGAGACUGCAAUUUCAGAGAAAUGGAGAAAUCUAUGGCGGCCAGAAAAGUACAGACUUGCUACAGUUGAGAUUAAUGGCGAUAUGCGUUGCUGAUGUCCCCACUGCGUGCCGGUAAGACACCUUGCUUAUUUGAACUCCAGUUUUCUUUACAAAAUGAUCAAUGAGAUGCAAUCAAUCAUCAUUCAGUUAAGUCGAUAAUUUCGAAUAUGUAGUGUAGAAAUUUUUUACCAGCUCUGGGCAUGCACCACUGACAUCGCAGUAGUUUUGGUCUAUGAUUAUCGGGUUCUUCACAUUGUUGAAUGUUAGUCUUUCAAAUGCGACGUCCUUGAGAUAUCCUCUCCCCACCUUAGCAGCAUAACCAAGCACAGGUUAGUACUGAAAUAUUUAGAGUUGAUUUUAAGUAAAAUGGUGGAAAAUUUGGAGGUUAUUUCGGACAGACCUGCCAUGUUUUUAUUCGAGCCCCGUUUGUGGUGUCAUUGAAGAUGCAGUUAGUUACAUUGAUGUUCUCUACUUGCACGAGGUUUCCACUUCUUCCCAAACUUCCAAUGCUGUUCAGUUAAGAAUAAAUCAAUAAGAAUCUUGAUCUUUUUUUUAA